AUGGGCCCGAGCAAUCGCAGCUCCUGGCACGGUUUCAUUCUACGCGGCUUCUCUGAACAUCCCAAGCUGGAGGUGACCCUGUCAGGAGUUGUAGCCAUCUUCUACCUAAUCACGCUGGUGGGUAACACGGCCAUCAUUCUGGCCUCUCUCCUGGACUCCCGUCUCCACACACCCAUGUACUUCUUCCUCAGGAAUCUGUCUUUCCUAGAUCUGUGUUUCACGACCAGCAUCGUCCCUCAGAUGCUGGUGAACCUGUGGGGACCCGACAAGACCAUCAGCUACGAGGGCUGUGUCGUCCAGCUCUAUGUGUACAUGUGGCUGGGCUCCGUCGAGUGCCUCCUCCUGGCCGUCAUGUCCUACGACCGGUUCACGGCGAUCUGCAAACCCCUGCAUUACUCGGUGACCAUGCGCCCACCCAUCUGCCUUGGGAUGGUGGCUGUGGUCUGGGGUGGGAGUCUGGCCAACGCUGUCGUGCUGUGUACACUGACCCUCCGUCUGCCCCGAUGUGGGAACAACCUGCUGGAUCACUUCUUGUGUGAGUUGCCAGGGCCACGUCAUUUUAGAACCAGGUGUAUUCCAAACCACAAAAUCUAUAGUGAGAAAAUUUAG